AUGGAUGUUGGUUUAAUACAAGAUCUGCCCAUGUUGAAGUUCCCAUCACCCAUCAAGAUCCGUUCCAACAACACCAACAUAGAUGAUGACGGCGGCUGCACCACUCCCACUUCCUCCGGUCACAAGAUUCCUCCCUUAACCGCCACUACUCCUCCUCCUCCGCCGCAGAAAAGGCGCCCAUCUCCGACGCCGUCGUCUCUUGUCAGAUCUUGCAAGAGGAAGCUUAUGACGUCUUCCAAGUUUGAGAUCAUAGUCAACAAAGAUGAGAUCGAUCGUUUCUUCUCAUCUGUUUACAAUCAGACGGUGACGUCAUCUCCCACCACUACUACUACGACGGCUCUCUCGGUGGCCAGACGACGGAGAAGUUUACGUUCUUGUUCACGAAGAUGA